CACCCCCACAAUCAAAAUUAUUAUCUGCGAUUCUUCAUCUCCGAUUCUUCUUUGUUCUCUCAAACUCACACAUAUACAUAUAUAUAUAUAGUUAUAUAGUUACUAGCACUGAUAACAAAACCCUCAUUCUCCCCACUUCAUCACACAGCCUGCUCGAUCGAAAAUUUCAAAGAAAAAUCGAUUUUCUGGCUCUAUUUUUCAUUCUUGAGAACUCUGGUGCCGUUCUCUCUCUCUGAACUUCGGUGCCCAUUUCGUUUCAGCCCCCAUUUUGUCCACCUUGAACUCCGAUGCCGCUCUAUCUUUCUGAUUUUUCCAUCGGUCCGUCUCAACCUCCAUUACUCGAUAAGAAAAUUAGGAGAUUUCGGCGUGGCCAAAUAUUCGAACACCACUGGCCACGAAAGUGAACAAGUGGAUUGAGUAGAAGUUCAAGUUAUAUACUUUUGCAGAAGCUGAUCACAUUAAUAUUUUGAUUCAUAGAAGCUAAGCUAUGGGACACGGUGAUAAUAAGGGUCGACCCCAUAAGAAGCACAAAUCAUCGGCGAAGGAAGAGCAUAGGAAUCAUCCAUUUGUUGAAGACGAUGGUGGUUAUUAUGGGGAUGAAGUCGAUGAGGAUUUGCGUGAAGGUGAGGGGAAAAGGAGGGAUUUUACCAAAUUAGAAUUGAAACCUGACCACGCCAAUAGGCCAUUGUGGGCUUGUGCGGAUGGACGCAUUUUCCUUGAAACCUUCUCACCUUUGUAUAAACAAGCUUACGAUUUUCUUAUUGCAAUUGCUGAACCAGUUUGCAGGCCAGAAUCAAUGCACGAAUACAACUUGACACCGCAUUCUUUGUAUGCCGCUGUGUCUGUUGGUCUUGAAACUGAAACAAUCAUAGCUGUUUUGAAUAAAUUGUCUAAGACUAAGCUUCCAAAAGAGAUGAUAGACUUCAUACAUGGCUCUACGGCUAAUUAUGGCAAAGUGAAGCUCGUUCUUAAGAAGAAUAGAUACUUUGUCGAAUCCCCCUUCCCAGAGGCAGGAUACUUACCACUCUCAUACUUCACCUCUUUCUUUUCACGUUAUGCACAUUGCCAUCGGGAAUUUAGGAUCAUAAUUUUUUUUUGUUUUAAUUAUAUGCAGGUGCUAAAGAAUUUGCUCAAGGAUGAAGUUAUAUCUCGAGCAAGGAUUAUUUCUGAGGGUCUGAAUGGAAACGAUGGAUUUACUAUUAGCAAAAGUAUGGGUGAGAUGGUAGAUGGUCAUGAUGGGUUGCUGAAUGAAGCAGAAAUUGCAGCUGCAGCCGAAGAAAAAGAAACUCACUCAUUUGAAGUUGAUCCUUCACAGGUUGAAAAUGUCAAGCAACGUUGCUUGCCAAAUGCUCUAAAUUAUCCCAUGUUAGAGGAGUAUGAUUUCAGAAAUGAUACUGUCAAUCCGGACCUUGACAUGGAGCUGAAGCCUCAAGCACAACCCAGACCAUAUCAGGAGAAAAGCUUGAGUAAAAUGUUUGGAAAUGGAAGAGCAAGAUCUGGUAUCAUUGUGUUGCCUUGUGGUGCUGGAAAAUCCUUAGUUGGUGUUUCUGCAGCCAGCCGAAUUAAAAAGAGUUGUCUCUGUCUAGCAACUAAUGCCGUGUCUGUGGAUCAAUGGGCAUUUCAGUUUAGGCUCUGGUCAACCAUCCGAGAGGAUCAAAUUUGUCGUUUUACAUCAGAUAGCAAAGAAAGAUUCCGUGGUAAUGCUGGAGUGGUUGUAACAACAUAUAACAUGGUUGCUUUUGGUGGAAAACGGUCAGAAGAAUCAGAAAAGAUUAUUGAAGAAAUAAGAAACAGAGAAUGGGGAUUACUGCUUAUGGACGAGGUGCAUGUUGUUCCAGCGCACAUGUUUAGAAAGGUCAUUAGUAUCACUAAAUCUCACUGCAAGCUUGGGCUCACUGCCACACUGGUGAGAGAGGACGAGAGGAUUACAGACUUGAAUUUUCUUAUUGGUCCCAAAUUGUAUGAAGCAAAUUGGUUGGAUUUGGUAAAAGGUGGAUUUAUUGCGAAUGUACAGUGCGCUGAAGUGUGGUGUCCAAUGACGAAGGAGUUUUUUGCGGAAUAUUUAAAGAAAGAAAACUCCAAGAAAAAACAGGCACUCUAUGUGAUGAAUCCAAACAAGUUUAGGGCAUGUGAAUUUCUCAUCCGGUUUCAUGAACAACAACGUGGUGAUAAGAUAAUUGUUUUUGCUGACAACCUAUUUGCACUCACGGAGUAUGCUAUGAAACUCCGCAAACCCAUGAUCUAUGGUGCUACCAGUCACGUGGAGAGGACAAAAAUUCUUGAAGCUUUCAAAACUAGUCGGGAUGUAAAUACCAUCUUUCUCUCAAAGGUUGGUGAUAAUUCCAUAGAUAUUCCUGAGGCCAACGUGAUCAUUCAGAUUUCAUCCCAUGCUGGUUCAAGACGUCAGGAGGCUCAGCGUUUGGGUCGUAUUCUUAGGGCUAAGGGUAAGCUUCAGGAUAGGAUGGCAGGAGGUAAAGAAGAGUACAAUGCGUUCUUUUAUUCACUUGUAUCAACUGAUACACAGGAGAUGUACUAUUCAACUAAAAGACAGCAGUUCUUGAUCGAUCAAGGUUAUAGUUUCAAGGUGAUCACGAGUUUGCCUCCAGCUGAUACAGGGCCUGAGUUGAGUUAUCAUCGCCUUGAAGAACAAUUAUCUCUUCUCUCAAAAGUGUUGAGUGCUGGUGAUGAUGCAGUUGGGUUAGAGCAACUGGAAGAAGAUGCAGAUGACAUAGCCCUCCAUAAAGCCCGUCGUUCUAUGGGAUCCAUGAGUGCCAUGUCAGGUGCAAAUGGAAUGGUCUACAUGGAGUACAGUACUGGACGCAGACUUGCUGGGCAAGGACAGCUCAAGAGCAAUAAGCCCAAAGAUCCAGCCAAGCGGCAUCAUCUGUUUAAAAAACGUUUUACCUGAGACCAAAAUGAGUAAUAAUUCAGAACAAUCUUCAAAACAAACAUGGCAAGUUUCAGAGAGAAGCUUAUGUAAACCAAACAUGUGAAAUAUCUAAGUUAUGUGAAUUUCCAUUCCAUUACCAACUUGGUUAUAUACAAUUGGAACUGAAAUUCUCUGAUGUAAUAUUUGCAUAAUUAAAAUUAGCUUUUGAUUAUUAAUGUGAUAUUAGUUUUGAUCAGUCUGUUGAGAUUUUAGAAAAUGUGGUAGGAAAGGAAUAUGAUAGAGCCAUGGUGGGUUGCCUUUUCUUUUUCUUUAAUUGUAAUACAUAUAUGUAAUCAGAUGAGAAAAUAUUGCUCUUUAAUUGUAAUGCAUUUUUAUUCUUUGUUGGUUUUUCUA